ACACGCGAUUGCAAUUCGUGUGCUGCUUUUCAUCAGUAAUUGCAAUAACGGUACUGGUUGACGCAUCCAGCAUGCAUCCUGAUCUGACUGAACGAAUUCUGCAGCAUCUGGAGACUGUCGAAAAGGUGGACACUUUGGAACUGGCCGCCAUCUUUGGCCUGGAUCACCAGAAAGUUGUCGGCGCGUUGAAGAGCAUUCAAGCGCAUGGAGAACUAGUGAAGGCGGAAGCGGCGACUCACAAAACACUUGGACUCACUGAUGAAGGACAAGCGGUAAUUGAGCAUGGCAGCCAUGAGGCUCUUGUCUAUGCAGCAGUCCCAGCUGAAGGCAUUGCACAGGCUGCACUCAUGGCCAGCGGUGGUCCAAAUGCAAAGGUGGGCUUCAGCAAGGCCAUGUCACAGGGCUGGAUAUUGGUGGACAAGAGUGUCAAUCCACCACUCGUCAAACGCAAGGUGGAUAAGAUCGUAGACGGUGUUAAGGAGCAGUUGGUUCGGGUGGCCAGCGGCAACAUUCAAUUGCCGGCUAAAGAAGUAGCGGAGUACAAGAAGCGCAAGCUCUUACAGGAAACUACCACAAAGAGCUUUGUACUCAGCAAGGGCCCAGAGUUUGCCACCACGCUCACCAAACUGGAAACGGACUUAACCAUGGACAUGCUCACCAGCGGCCUGUGGCAGCAACUCAAAUUCAAGGCCUAUAACUUUGACGCCUUGGGUGCGGCUCCAACACGCGGUCAUUUACACCCAUUGCUCAAAGUGCGCACUGAAUUCCGGCAAAUCUUCUUGGAAAUGGGCUUCUCCGAGAUGCCCACCAACAACUAUGUGGAGUCAUCCUUCUGGAACUUUGACGCUCUCUUUCAACCGCAGCAGCAUCCUGCGCGUGACGCCCACGAUACGUUCUUCAUAAGCCAACCAUCGACAAGCUAUAAAUUUCCGCAGGAGUAUUUGCAGCGUGUAAAGACGGUACACUCCAAAGGUGGAUAUGGUUCGCUGGGCUACGGCUAUGAUUGGAAGAUAGAAGAGGCUCAGAAAAAUCUGCUCCGCACCCAUACAACUGCUGUGAGUGCUCGCAUGCUUUUCAAACUUGCGAACCAAGAAGGUGGUUUCAAACCAGCCAAAUACUUCAGCAUUGACAAAGUGUUCCGCAACGAGACUUUGGACGCUACCCAUCUAGCCGAGUUCCAUCAAGUGGAGGGCGUUAUUGCCGAUGUGGGUCUCACUUUGGGUGACUUAAUUGGAACACUCUAUGAGUUUUUCCGUAAGCUGGGCAUAACCCAAUUGGAGUUUAAGCCAGCCUAUAACCCGUAUACAGAGCCAAGCAUGGAAAUUUUCUGCUAUCACCCCGGCUUGGGAAAGUGGAUUGAAGUCGGCAACUCAGGCGUAUUCCGACCAGAGCUCUUAUUGCCCAUGGGGGUUCCCGAAAAUGUCAACGUCAUCGCUUGGGGCUUGUCGCUUGAGCGCCCCACCAUGAUUAAAUAUGGCAUUAACAAUAUACGUGACUUAGUCGGACCGAGAGUCGAUCUGAAGAUGGUAGAAGACGGACCCAUAUGCCGCUUGGAUCACGCAUAGAUCACACCAACACAAUCCAUUGAAGCUGAAACGUCGCUACGACAUUGCAUUUUUGUUCAAUUUUGUUCCAAUUAAAUUAUAUAAAUCGAUUCAAAUUGUA